AAGUACUUGACGAGUGAAAUGUGAGAGAAGAAGAAGAAGACGACGACUAAUAGAUUUAUCUACAUAUACAAAAAUCUUCAAUAAACCCUUAAUUUUGAUUUUUGUUCUUACUCUCUGAAGAAUAAUUUUGAUUGGGUUUGAAGAAUUUUGUAUCUUCAGUCGUUGUAGUUGACGGGGUCAUCUUCUUUGCACUCUUUUUCUCCGUCAACCCUUUUCUGGGUUUUGUCUCUUUCUCUUUAAAUCAUCGAAAGUUGGUAUCUUUUUUGGUAUUUUUGGAUACCCAAAUCAAAAGGGUUUGUUUAUGAAUUCUGGGGUUUUUGAGUACAAUAUGGUGUUUUGGAGAUUGGUUGUGUUGAUUUCAGUUUGUUUGGAGCAAUCUAAUGCAAACUCUGUACACCCUUUUCAGCGUUUAGAUAAUCAGGUAGCCCCAUCACCAAGGUCUGGUGCUGCUGUUAAAGGGAAUUUUGGUACUAAUCAAGUCCCUGCAGGUCAGCCAACAGCGGCUUUUGGUAGUGCUACCUGUGCCGGUGUGUCUAAUAAGUGUCAGGAUGAUCAUAUUGGUAUGACCGCCUGCUUUUUUCCUACCGGGAAAGGACAUGAGGAACCAUUUCUCCUCGUCCUGAACAAUGGUGACAAUUCUUUGACGCUGAAGAUCAAUGUUUCAUCUGCAAACAAAACUUGUGAGGAUAUUCAGAUACCAAAACAUGAUUUCAAGCAGAUUAAUAUCUCGUCUAAAAUUGGAGGGAGUUCAUCAAUUAUGCUAGAUGCUGGAACUGGGAAAUGUACGAUUAACAUAGGACGUUCAUUAUGGCAAGGCUACUUUAACAUGCCAUCUUAUACCAUGUAUGUGACCCCAACUAAUGGGGCGUACUUGCUAGGUAUGACAGCUCUUCUUAUAGUUGGAAUAGUUAUCUGCUGCAAGUUGAGAAAACAAGAUCGACAUGUUGAUGGUAUCGCAUAUCAGGAACUUGAAAUGGGACAACCCGAACCUCACUCUUCCAUGAAGUUGGAAAUUUCCUCUGAAGGGUGGAACGAGAGUUGGGAUGAUGACUGGGAUGACGAGAAGGCAGUGAAAUCACCGGAAGGAAACACCAUAAACAUAAAAGUAGCAAAUGGUUGAUCAUAGUCAUAAGAGUUAACACAAAGACCAAGAUAACAAGUACAUCACGGAAUUAGUUGAGGUGCGUGCAAGCUGGUCCACACUUGAAAAAAGAAGACUGAGAUUUUGUCCAUUUUGUUGAAGAUGUUCAUAGGAGAAAAAUGAAAGUUGAGAAUGCACUAGAUACAUAUGAUAUAGGAAUAGGAGAUUUCUAUAUAAUUAUAAUUAUAUACAAUUUUAGGCAUUUUGAAUUGUGGCCUGAGGACUCAAGUUAUAUAAAGAAUUGGUUAACUUUUAACCUUUUCAUAUCCAUGUAAAAACCAUUUUCCUCCUCUCUUUUUUUUUCAUAUUUUUUAUUAUGUCUGUAGUUUUUC